CGCGUCUUGACGCGCCGUCGUGUCGCGGCCCAUUGAUUAUUGCAAUAAUCAAUGUGGUUAGAUAAGUAACCGAUCUUAACUAGUUAGCUCCCUCCAUGAGCUCAUCUCAUCACAUCUGCAACAAAACGAAGCUUACUCUCCGCUCCGACUUUGAACAUUCUCAAAUCAAAGGUCAUAAUUACCUUUCCGCUAACGCCUUUCCAACCACUAUAAUUCCAUUCCUACUGAACGUUUCCCGCAAUGGCACCAAAGUCUAACAAACGUUCCUCCCGCGAGGACAGGUACGAUACCGGAGACGACUUCGUCGUUGACGACAGUAACGGCCACGGCCCUUCCAAAAAACCCAGAAAAGAGACAAACAGAAAGGAGAGCCAGACGUCCGUUGCUGGCCCAAAAGGAGGCAGUAAGGUCGAUUCUAACGGCGACACGUACUGGGAGAUAUCGAGACUGCGUCGUGUCACCAUCUCCACAUUCAGAGGAAAGACUAUGGUGAACAUCAGAGAGUAUUAUGAAAAGGAUGGACAAGAGUUACCUGGGAAGAAGGGAAUCUCAUUGCCGAUCGAGCAGUUCUCUGCUUUUGUCUCUUUACUCCCAGAGAUAGAAUCGGUGCUUCACGAAAAGGGAAUCGUCGUGCCUCGCCCUGAAUAUAAUGAGUCCGGGGAAAAGGUCGAAGCGGAUAAAGGCAACUCUGAUACUAAAGAUGCGGCUUCUACGGGGCGGAGCAAUAUCGAGGAGACCAGUGAUGAGGACGAAGAGGAGUAAUUAUUGAAACUGGUCGGUGAAAAGAACUGGAGUCUGGCGUUUCUUGUUUCUACUUGGGCGGGCGGGGAGCGGCAACUUAUGAUCUCAAGUGGCUUUUGAUAUUUCUUUUACUCCUUUUCUUGUAUACAUAGCUUCAAAACAUGGA